UGCAACCUCUACGUCGUUAAUACCAUAAGGCGACGAGUAUCCAUGCGCGGCAUUUGCCAGCUGUCGAAGAGAUGGCAUCAGCAGUUUUGUCUGUCACCAAGCUUCGUCGGGCAUCAAACAUGCCUUCAAUCCCUCCAAUCUAUCCGCCCUUAUAGGCAGUCGACUCGCUCUCGCCCUUCCCGUUUCCAACAUGCGGAUGAUCAUGCUCAGCAUGGCCCUUCCCGCGCUCGACAAGCCUCGCGACCUCUUCCGUCUAUGCCAAGUAGCCAUGUCAAGGUCAAUGAGUUCGAGCAGCAAGGGGACGAUCCUUCAACCAGGGCAGCCGAGCCUGAUUACAUGGAUAUGGAAGGUCACCAAGUGCGAGAAGAGCUGGAAGAACUAGAUCGGGAGUUGGCCAUCUUGAGAGAGGGCCCCUUUGGACCCAACAGCGAAUUCAUGCGCUCCUUUCCUCCGGACGAGCGAGAAGUAUUGCUAAACGCUUUGGAGGAGGAGGGUGUCAUGCCGCCCAAGACCGAGGACCUGAUAAGCGAUGAAGAACUUGAAGAGCUGGCAAGAGAUGAAGAAGGCACAAGGCGUCCGACUAAGGCUAAAAAUUCAUUGAAGGUUACGCUGAGCAUACCGACAACUCACAAGAUAUAUGUCAAACGUUUCAACAAGGCCUUGCAAGAAGCUGAGAAACCCAAUGCGGACGAGAAAUCUUAUUUCGCGUUGUGGAAGUGGUAUCUCAGAUGCCAGCAACAUGUCUCGAACUUCGCCAUCAUCAUCUCUCAAGAUGUCUGGCAUUUUUUGUGGAAGACUCAAAGCACCAAGUAUUAUCGACCGAGACAUCUGCAGAUGCUGGCCAAGGAUAUGAUGGGUGCAGACGUUCAACUCGACGACAAAGAGUUGGUACAGUAUAUCGAUGCUCUCCAAGCAGUUGGGGAUCUUACAACCGCAGCAGAAGCUUGGGAGGAACACAAAACUAGUCUCGGAAACAAAGAGGACCUUGCGGCGACUUUCUGGAUGACCGGCGUUCGAAUCUAUGCUGACCUGGGAAAGCCUCAAAAAGCACAGAGCAUUGCAUUUGAAUGCUACAACUAUACUACCUUGGUAGACCCUGAGGUUUUGGUGCUGGUCAUAUCAGCCUGGGCAAGAAGCCAAAACGGUUUUGCGCCCACCAAGACCUGGUGGUGUUACCUGGAACUGCGUCGAAUAUUGGAACGAAACGAAGAAGACGAUCAGAAGAUCUUGAAUAUACUGGGCAGAAUCAGUGGUACAUUGCUCGAGGCUGGAAGAACAGAACUUGCGCUUGCAGUGUUCAAGGACAUGUACAUCUUCAAGCACAAGAAAGCCGAUGACUCGUGGAGCUUUUUCAAGGAUAUGGUCGAGACUCUACAGGAUACGCAACUGCCGGGAGAGGAUCUCAUCAACAAGGUCGGUCUUGCAUCGUUUUGUUUUCUGCCGCGCUCGUACCAGAACAAAUUCUUCUUCGGAUCUUGGCUCAAGUGGCUCAUCGGGGCAGACCGAAUCGAUGAGGCUGCUAUAGUGGUUGAGCUCAUGUACGAGCGUGGUGUGAGGCCAGACGCCGGACAUCUCAACGGGCUCAUUGCGGGAUAUCUUCGUAAUGGAUCGCCCACUGCCCGUCAGACCGCAGAGAGUACUGCUUGGAGCAUGAUACAAGCGCGCAUCGACAUGGUGCGGAAGCGAGAUGUUGCACAAGGCGAUUACAAGGCCUCGACGACGGCACGAGAGGAAGAACCGAUACCAGUGCAAAGACAGGUUCCCGCCUUCUUGCGGCGAGGUGCACCCCCUGCCACCAUCGAGACAUUUUCGAUCUUACUUCAGUACUAUACACGGCGGUCAGAGUUGGCGAAAGCGGGUGAGCUCACCGAUGUCAUGAUCGGUUCGGCAGACAUCACACCCAACUCGUUCAUCAUGAAUCACUGGCUCUAUGCCUCUUUGCGCUCCGGCGAUGCUCACGAAGUCUGGGCCAAGUACCUGGCACUGACCGAGACCAUCGAACCUGACCUAGAGACCUUUGCCGCCCUUUGGGAUACGGCCAAGGCAUCUUACGCCGCCGCCGCAACCGGUGACAAAGGGUUUCCCGGUGCACGAAGAGUGUUUGCAGAGAUGCAAGGAUGGUUCGCCUCGGCAGGCGAUCCCAAGAGAAACGCCGCCCGGAAUGAUUUCUCGCACGAACUUUACGAGCAAAUCAUCCGCUGUUUCUGCCUGACGUCCGACGUCGAGGGCGUCCUCUGCGCCAUGUACGGUCUCCGGGAAUCUUUCGGGGCGUUGCCCCACGAGGAGGCGAUGCGCCUGAUCCUCAUCUCGGUGGCCAGGUCUUUCGGUGCCGACUUUGCGGCGGCGGCGGGCCACCACUCGCAUCCACGAGACAGGGGGUUGAGGGCGUUGAGGAAGUCACAAUACCAAGGGGCCUUGCACACACUCACCAACAUUUUCGUGACGAUCUUGGACAGGAAACUCGUCGAUGCGGACAUGGAUCCUGAAGAACUUGGCGACGCUGAGAGUCCACAAGCCCAGGCACUUCGGCUGGACGCGUUGGGCACGUUUCUCUGCAUGGUCAUUGAAAGGAGGAUGAGGACGAUGGGCAUGGAUGGCAGCAGUCUUCUGGAGGACGUCACACAGGUGGCUGAGGAAAUGGAGGCCUCGGUCCCAGAGGAGGUCCUGAUUCAGCACGACUGGCCCGGUGACUUUUGAGGUCAAAUUGCCCCAGAAGCUUAGGAGGAGAUUUGGUGUAGUAGAAAUGUGGCAUCUGUCAGCAUACAUAAUUGUAUAAUAGUAGUAGCACCUGUAUCAUAGC